AAAUAAUAAACUUCCUAGUUACAAAAUAAACAGAAUCCGACUGUUUGAAGUAGUUUGUGAGUCAUUUUUAAUCUCAAGAGUGAAAAUGGCAUCCAAUUUUGAAUCAUCCAUUCAGAGGGGCUGUGACUUCAUUUACGAUUUUUCCUGCUCUCCUUGUGAAGAGAACGGAUUUAACACCGAUGCUUACCAUUAUUGUACUCAAUGCACACAAUAUUACUGCCAAAACUGUGUUUCAAAACAUUACGUAUUAUAUCAGAAGCACGUGGUGCUCGGCCGGAAGGACGUGAAGAAAUGGAAGGCAGCUCCAGGGGUGACGGACGCCCUGGAGAGAUGCGGAAUGCACCCCGGGGAGGCGCUGAAGCUGGUAUGUGCUGACCAUGACCAGCUGUGCUGUUCUAUAUGCGUUGCCAUUGACCACAGACAAUGUUCCAAAAUCCAACACAUUCCAGAUGAAGCAAAAGGUAUUCAGCGAAAUAUUGAGUUUCAACAAAUUCCAAAGAAGAUCGCUGAACUUCAAGAGCAAUUCGAAAAGAUGAAAGAAUUACGAUUGAAGAAUACGACAUUUCUGAAAAAUACGCGAGCUGCCAUUUCUGAUGAAAUUAAAACCAUACGUAAAAAAAUCAGCGAAAUCCUUGACAAGAUUGAGAAGACAACAUUACAGGACUUGGACGGAAUGAUAGCUGAACUUGAAAAAAACCUAAAGAAAGAUAUCGAAACUUCUGAUAAAAUGACUAUCAUACUGCAAAACAUGAUUGCCGAUUUUCAAACCAUAGCAAAAUCAAGCGAGUCAAAAGCAUAUAUUGCGUACAGAAAGAGCCAGGAUAUGAUUACACAAGCAAACGAUCUACUUCGUGGCAUAUCAGCCAUUGAGUGUUACAAUGUAACAUUUCAAGCCAAUACUCUUAUCGAAGAACCUUUAUUUGCAGUAAAGACGUUUGGAGCGAUUGAAGAACAAACUGUUAUGACCAAACAGCGAAAAGAUCCCCAUUCCGAUCCUAAUCACGUCUUCAGUGUUGUAGAGUACAAGGAGUACAACGUUAAGAUAAGUGAUCAGAAAAGUCAAUGUGGUAUCUUUGGCGUAUGUGAAUUGCCUAGUGGAGAGUUUGUCAUAGCAGACUUCAAUAGUAAGAAAGUAAAGCUCCUGGACAAGAAUUACAGGUUGCUCUACCACUGUAAUGUCUCGCGGAGUCCUUAUGGCGUGUGCCACAUUAACGAAAAUGAAGUGGGCGUUUGUAUUAACAAAGAACUUCAUUUCAUUAAAUCUACGAAAGGGAAACUCGUAACUACGAGGAAGUUAAGCUUCAACCAUGACUGUUAUACUGCAGCUUAUCAUAGUGGCAAGCUUUACAUCUGCUCCGGUGACGCCCUGUAUGUCUACACGAUGUCGGGACAGAAGGUGAAGAAGCUGUACGAGGACAAGUCUGGGGGUGUCACGGUGAGGAAUUGUGCCAUCAGUAACGACGGGGAAACAAUAUACAUCACAAACUCCAGUAAACAUCAACUGGUCACCCUGGACAACAACGGCACGAAGCUGGCCUUACUCACUGACCCUGACAUGAAACAUCCUACCGGAGUACACGUGACACCUGCCGGACACGUGUUCGUCUGCUGCUAUAAUCCCGGCACAGUGCUGCAGGUUGACAAAGACGGGAAGAAGAAGUUGGCCACAUUGGCAAGGAAAGACGACGGAAUGAGCGGACCGAGUGGUUUAUUUUUCAGCAGCCGCACUUCUUCUCUGAUUGUUGUUGGAGAGAAAGACACACUUCUUGUUAUCAAGUUUAUUUGAUACUUAAAACUAUGAAUGUUUGAAUUGGUACUAUCA